AUGGAAUCAUUGGAUAGCGCAAUAUCCCCAAGAUCUCCAAAAUCUCCUCCACCAAAAUAUGGUGGAACUAUGAAACCAUCGAGUUUUUCUAAGGAUAAUGAAGUUAUUGCUGGCUUAAAGAAAUGUUUGCAAGAAAAAGAAGCUCAUUUAACUAAAUUAUCAUAUGAAAUGGAGGAACGUCGUUGUGAUUCUGAACGUUUGGCCCAAGAAAAUAAAAGUUUAAAAUUGCGUAUUGGGGAAUUAGACUUUAAUCUUCAAGAAUUAUCGCGUGAAAGAGCAGAACUUCGAUCAUCUAUUGCUGCAAAUGAAAAGAAGCUUGAAGAUUUGUCUUUUUGUUAUACGGAAAGUGAAGUGCAAAGAGGAGAAUUGGAGCAUAAAUUAAAUGAAUUGAAAAGUAUGCCUACAUUAUUUGAAAAAGAGGAGGGAAUGUAUUUGGAUGUAGAAAAUAGUAGAGGCCCUUCAAUUUCUGCUUUAAUUGACUCUCAAUUAUUACUUCCGCUUGAUGAUUUCAAUAAAGAUGAUGAAAUAACUUUUGUUGAGGUUGACGUUCAAACUGAAAAUGAACAACAAAUUUCAAAUAAGAAUAAUCAACAUUUUGGUACUCAAACAGAGAAUAUUUUUGAUUGUAAAGAUUUUGGAAUGCAAGUAAAUUGUGUUGAUGAUAUUUUGGAAAAGGGAGCGAAGGAUGGCAUUAUUGAAGAAGGGAUGACAAAAAUAUUCGAAGAAAUUGGAGUUCAAACAGAAGAAGAACAAAUUUUUAAAGAAGAGAAAAAAUUAUUUGAAAAUAAUUUUACUCAAACUGAAGAAAAGAAAAUGAUAAAUUCUGAAAAUCAAACGGAUGGAAAGUUGGAGAAGGACUCAGCAAAUCAAACUGAUGAGAAAUUGCUGAAAGACUCUGCCAUUCAGACUGAUAAAAAAUCAUUUCAAGAUUCAGCAUUUCAAACGGUGGAGGAAGUUUCUAAGAUUUUUAAACAAAAUUAUAUCAAUUCAAUUGCUCAACCUUUCGCAACGACAAUUUUAAAUAAGGAAGAGGGUAUUCAAACAUUUCCUGUAUUACCUCCAAAAAUUCAAAGUAUCAGUUCUCAAACUGAAGAAUUUAAACAAAUACCUGUUUUCGUUCAUUUUAUCGAAUCUGCAGUUCAGACUGAUUUUAUGUUGCCUAGUCCUGUGGAUUCAUUCGAGGCAAAUACUCUUAACAAUUCUACUUGUAAGACUAACGCAACACCUCCUCGGAAUUCUUCUUUUUCAUCAACUAACGAGGUUUUAGAAUUAAAUGUUACGCAGCUUCCAUUCAACGAUAUAUUUUCAACUCCAGCAAGUUCAGAUGACAAACAACAACAAAAACUUUGUUCACUAAAUACUUUACAUAAAAAGCUUAAAGAAAAAUGUCAAGAUGUUGACCGUUUAGAACAACAAAAUUCUUUUUUAAAUAAAAUAAUUGCUGAUCAACAAAUGGCUAUUGAACAAAUGAAGAAAAUGUCUAUUGGAGGAAAUGGAGGAGAAAUGAAAAAUAAUAAUGGAAGUGGAAGUAAUAAUGUUGAAAGUUGUAUUGGUGGGAAUCCUAUAAGGAAUCAUACAAAUAAACAACAACAACCACAGAGAAGAUGCCGUCUUUACUGCGAAUAUUGUGAACGUUUUGAUUGUCAUCCAACAGAUGAAUGUCCAAUUCAAGAAGCAAGAAGGGAGGAAAAACUUGCUCAUAUUGUCUUUUCCCCAAAUAGAAACAAGAAAUGA